AUGUGGGAAGUCACGAAUGCGAAUGGAUCCAUUGCUGCUGAUCACCUCCGACCUGUACUCGUCGUGUGCACGGUCUCUGCCGACUGUGUCGAGUCGAUCCGGCCAGAAACGAACGACACAUGCGCCUGCAGCGAAAAGUCUCUCAUCCGCGAGGAGGCUUCGGCUCACACACAGCCCUGGGCGAUCAUGAGUCUCAACAGCGCUGGUGCUGGCGGCGGCAGUGGCGCCAGCAACAGCCAUAAGCGCCAGUCCAAGUCAUGCAAGCGCUGCCUCAAGCGCAAGAAGCGAUGCUACGGCUUUCCCAUCUGCACCAACUGCGAGCGGGCCAACGAGCCGUGUGAGCAGUCGGCUUUUGCCGUCCAGCUGCAUCAGCGUGACGACAACUACGCUGCCAUGCAGCGAAUCCGCGCCCUCGAGGCCCAGCUCGAAAGUGCCCAUGCCGAGCUGGCCAGCAUGCGUCGCAGCCAGCGUGCUCCGUCACCCGCCAGCAGCCGCCCGGCAAGCCACACGCCCACAGAAGGACAGCCCAGUCGCAGCCAGACGGCCGAGCCAUCUCCCAGUCCCGAGAGCAUCGCAGACCGGCCGCCUCUCCUCCCGCUGGAGCACAUCGUUCAAGUAUCCGUGUGGCGCAAGCUCUUGCCAUCGGCCAUUGAUAAGACUCCGGAGCACAGCGUUGACCUGCCGACAGACACGGCCGGCUUCGGCUUGGUCCAGGCCUACCUCGACCAUGUCCACACACGAUAUCCCAUCCUGACACUGUCCGACCUGCUCCAGUUGCACGCACAGCGGCACGAUAUUGUCGACCCGGCCGGCUGGACCGAUCCUGUUGCUGAGCUCAACACUUUCCGACUGUAUAUGGUGUAUGCUAUUGGUGGUGCACAGCAGUACAAGGAGCAGCAGGUGUCCGAGGACUACUACGAGGCUGCGCUGCCACGCUUGUGGGCACUGCAACAGCUGCCACCUUUGGCCGGUGUCGAGGCGCUGUUGCUGCUGCUGCUGUAUGGCCUGCAUUCUCGGCCGGUCAGCAGCACGGCAGUCUGGCAGGUCGCGGGACUGGCCAUGCGGAUAUGCGUUGACCUCGGCCUGCACCGAGAGGCAUCGUAUUCGAGCAGCCCAGACGAACAGAGCCGGACACGACGGCUGUUUUGGACCGCCUUCUGCCUCGACUAUAGCGUCGCUCUGUGGCUGCGCCGGCCUUUAAGUCUGACGAGGCACGACAUGGACACACGCCCGCCGAGCCUGCAGGAAAACUCUGCAAAUCUCACACGCGAGGAGGACACUGACCUGGUUGCGUGGGCCCGGUUUGUGCAGCUUCGGCAGCUGGAGGCGCACAUCUACACGGACAUGUACGCGCUCGACGAGUCGCUCGAGAUGCGCUUUAGUAAAGUGCACCCCUACCUAGAGGCUCUAGACGCGUGGAUGCACGAGCUGCAGGCGCCUGCCACCUCUUCCACCAACAAGACUGCAACCGUCAACGACGACUUCUGGCUGCAGUGGAACAAGGCGAUUCUUGUGCUGCUGCGGCCGUUCCUUCUUGUCAUGCACCCAGACGACGACAACGAUCCCGACUCACUCGUCGCUCGAUGUCUUCAGGCGGCCGGUCACGUCUGCUCGGCCGCCAAGCACAUGCUGCAACGCGGCCUGCACUCCCAUGCGCUCGUGACUGCCCACGCAGCCUUUAAUGCGGGCAUCACCAUCUGCUGCUGUCUCUACAUCUCUCCUCGGCUGUGGUCGUCCGCCGUUGUCAACGACCUGCGCGCCUGCUCGUCGACCAUGUUGGCCAUGGCAGAGCGCCUCCCACUUCUGAGAAACGACUGCUCUGUGCUCGAGGAUGCCAUCGGUGGGGUUAUGGACUCGCUGUCAAGAACGACAACCGGACGUACCAGAAGCCGACGGCAGGCACGGCACCUGGCCGAGCCGGACAUCCUCGCCGUGCAAAGCCUGAUGAAGCUGUCAGCACAACCAGACUUGGUCACUGUGGCCACGGCCGAGCCACUGGACAAUGCGUUGUCAGCACUGCAAUUGCGCAGCCACAACCGCGAUGCCGAAGACCAGGACCGCCUGCAGAAUCUGAUUGGGCUGAUUACACCAGAAUAUCCGGCUUGCUGA